AUGCUAGAAGCUGAAUCUCAGGAUAUCAACCCUGUCUUGCUCGGAGAGCCGGAUUCUGCUCAUGCCGAGCCACUCACAGAGGGCCAGCAGGCGCUGGUGGAUAGAGUGGGCAACAAAAGGCUGGCAGGCGGUCUCUACAAGCGGGAGUUCAAGACGUACUCAAGGGAAGAGAGGCUACAUGCCAUUGAGUUCUCCAGAACUCAUGUCCAUGUCAAUCCUCAAACAGGCGAAGAACGUCAUAUCAGUACAUCUACCGCUGCGGAGAUACUGCACAUCACGAAAAAUACCCUUCAGAGAUGGAUUGAGGAAGAGCAGAAAAUAGUCGAGAUGAAAGAGGGAUCUUCCAGAGCUGAUGGGGAGAGAUAUUCAACCAUCACAAUAUCGGAGAGAUUCAAGUCUGGACGGUACCCUUUCUUAAAAUUCGUGCCGGCACAACUGUUCUCAAAAAAUUGCAUAGCUGGAGCAGAGUUCUAUAAGUUACAUCCACUUACCCAUCCUGUGCCGUUUAUAGGUAUUGAAGGAGGACGUCGUGGACAACUAGAAACAUUCGAGGAUGCUUACGAGUUCCUCGGGCAUCCAAGAAAUUCUUCGCAUGAUGGACAUCCAAAUGAGCCUGCCCCAACAAACACACAAAUCCAUCCUUCACCAAAUUCUACCCUGGCGGCGCCGCUCGAAGGGUCCCCUAAGAAAGAGUCCGUACAAAAGAAACCUACAGUGCAGGAAGUCAAUUCUAUGCUAUACGAAAACGCUCCUGAUUAUAAUCUCAGACAGCCUGGCGCACGAAAAUGGGAUCCUUGUUAUGAGAAGAUGGGUGCAUGUGUUAGCCUGAUCUGUCAGCAAUUGCUCACGGCUAGCCCAAAACUUGAGUCUGCUAUCCCUGUUCGAAUCGGGCUUGAUUAUGACCAGCCGUUCCAAGGCGCCCCGGCGCACUGGGCAGUGAGGCUCUUGUUAACCACAGGCGCCAUUAUCAUAUUGCCUACAUCGAUAUGCUUAAGGGGCACCGUACGGAACGAAGUGGUUCCAGACAGUCUUUUUCUUCAAGGCUGGACAAUCGACCAUGAAAUCCUGAGGUGUAAACCACCCAAGCGAACUAGAAAUGAUGAUAGACCGAACGCGAUAAGGUACUCGAAGAUCUUAUAUGGGGAAUCCAAGCAGAUUUUCGAUAAGUUUAGGCUGAGCCCGGUGCUGUACAUUGAAGAUGUGGAGAUGCUGUUUAAGAGUUCUCAAUCCUGGAGGCCUCGCCGGUUCUCGUCAACAUGGACGCUAUACAGCACAGUUUUGCACAGCAGUUAUCGCUCUGGAGACACCCUGAGCCCAUCAUACGGAAGAUAUAGCGAUAUUGAGUUGCUGAUGGAUGAUAUAAUUGAAAAAUCUCCUCGCGCGUUCUUCUCGGUUCCACCAGCCCGGUCUUUCCAGCUUAUCCCACUCACCGAGUUCGAGCUCCAGAGUCGUGUCGCCGAGGAGGAUAUCAUCGGACUAUUUUCACGUCACAUAGAGGGCAACGAUGAAGAGACUCGAGGCACCCUGAGCCUAUCUGUGCUCGACGAGAUACUCGAACUUGGUACAGAUUCAACCGGGGAGAAAGAGUUUCGUAAGAAGCUGAUGCGGUCACUAAAGCUCUGCGCCCAAAAGGCUGAAGGGCUAGUCAAUCGCAAGGAAACGUGCAUGUUCUUCACAUGCCCUGAGCCCCAAGAAGAACCCUCAUCUUACUACUGCCACCACCAUUCGACCACGCUCAUUGCUCAUGUUUUGAAGCAACCCGAGUCGUUAGCUACCCCAAGUCUACGGGCAAAUCUCGUGGCUUCUAGCGAUCUGCACCUGACGGAACAUACAAGAAACACGUUAGAGCAACUGAAGACUCUGUUUGCGCAGCCUGAACGGACCUGGAUUAUUGAUUUCGAGUACGUUUCAAUGCCGAAACGUUACUCGCCAAUACCUCUCCAACUCGCCAUCAGGCAGCUCGAUGGGAAGCUGUUGUAUUCUGGCAAUGUGCAUUACGGUCUGUCUCUGAAGGAAUUUACCGACGCUACAUCAUUACUUGUCUCCCAGAAGCAUGGUAUGAUGGGAACUUUGUUCCUAAGGUGCUAUGGUGGGCUUCGAACCAACGGAGAAACGCCGCCUCGAAUCAGAGACCACAUAAUCGAUGUUUGUGCGUACGACCCAACGAAGAUUAAUGUUCUAUCAUGGUUUGCUGCUCAAGAUAUGCAGUGUUUCCUGAGAAUCAUCGCUGGGGACAGCCAACUAAUCCAAGAGAAAGUUUCCCAUCGGGAUGCGUCGAAUUUUCAAGUGGUUAAUAUAGGCGAGCUUUGUCGAAAGCUCUUUCCUAACCUCUGCUCUAGCCAGCUUCGUUCAGUGAGCGAGUAUUUGAAUGGGACAGCAUCAAAAGGCGAAUACCAUACCGCCUCCUACGACACUGAGGUACUGGCGAAAAUCGUGAAGGCUCUUGUAAAAUUAAUUUGA